AUGACUCGGAGAAGCAUCGAUGGCAUGGACACACCUGCCGUGGUAUCGACGAACCUUUUUCCUGUCGAGCUUGAAGCGUGCCAGGUGACGUUUGUCGCUCUCAACCUGGACCUUAGCAACCGGGGCCCGAAGCUGGAGCUGCAGCCGGUCUGCGGGUUGACCAGCUGUGUGUUUCCUUCUCCCACAUUAGCGCCACAGUCCUAA